ACUCUAAGCCGGGGGCUGCCCAUAUUUAAUAAAGCGCCCUUAGAAGGACUCAAGGAAAAGAACAUUUCUCGAAAAACCAGUGGCACCACCUCUUUAAGCCAUUUCGAGGUUUAAAGACUUUCGGGCAACCAUGUUGAGGCCGGAAGUAGGGCUGCCCUUAAGAAACAUGGCGGAAAGCGUUCCCGUCUCCAAGGGAACGUCACGCCGUGACGGGAAAAGCCGGCGGAAGGCUGCAUCGCGCCUGCGCUCGCGGAAGUGAGCGUGGCUCUGCCGCCACUUGGUUGGCUGGUUUAGUCCACAUGCGCAGUGGGCUCUUCCGGCAACUGGGUUGCACAAAUGGUGGAAAAGAAAACGUCGGUUCGCUCCCAGGACCCUGGGCAGCGGCGUGUGCUGGACCGGGCUGCCCGCCAGCGCCGCAUCGACCGGCAGCUUGAGGCCCUUGAGAAUGACAACUUCCAGGAUGACCCCCAUGCGGGCCUUCCACAGCUCGCCAAGAGGCUGCCUCAGUUUGACGAUGAUGCAGACACAGGAAAGAAAAAGAAGAAAACUCGAGGUGAUCAUUUUAAACUCCGCUUCCGAAAGAACUUCCAGGCCUUGUUGGAGGAGCAGAACCUGAGUGUGGCUGAAGGCCCCAACUACCUGACAGCCUGCGCAGGACCCCCGUCGCGGCCCCAGCGCCCCUUCUGUGCUGUGUGCGGCUUCCCCUCGCCCUACACCUGCGUGAGCUGUGGUGCCCGGUACUGUACCGUGCGCUGUCUGGGCACCCACCAGGAGACCAGGUGUCUGAAGUGGACUGUGUGAGCGGGGUAGAGCCACCCAACACUGAGCAGACAGAGGCAGGAGCAGAGGACCGGCAGGGAAGGCUGCCUGGCCCAGGAAGCCACAGACUGACCACCAGGGCUGGCCCUGCCCACAGACUGCUGUAGGACUAAAAGGCCUCGCUGAGGAGCCUCUGGGCUUGGUCAUGGGGUGGGGAGGGUGUGGGCCACAGGCUGCCCCCUGCUCCCCUCCCCCCUCACCAGGACAGAUCCACGCUCAGCCCCUGCUCAGCCCCUGCCACGGAGCUGCCUUGGCUACAUUUUUCUUUUUUGAGAUGGUGUCUUGCCAUGUAGCCCAGGCUGAUCUCAGACUUGAGCUCCUGCCUCCCAGGUGCUGAGAUUACAAGUGCACCAGCCCAUGCCUGGCUUCUUGGCAUUUUGUCUUUGUUUGGUUAUCACUUUAGUUUUUUUUCUUAAUUUGUCGGUUUCCCUCCAGGUGGCUAGGAAAUGGGGGGGUACACAAGGACUAGGUCCUGUCUUUGUCCUCUGGCACUUAGACCAAUCGGAGUGGUCAGCUAGCCUGUCUUGGAGCCACUGUCCUGUGGAGCAGUGGAGCUUGGGGAGCCCCUGUUGUGGGGCGGCUGCACAGACAAGUUUCUGGUGGCCUUGGAUUCUGGACUUCCUCAGCUGCCUCAUGUCUGUGUCUCAUGAAUAAAUGACUGGAGUGAACUA